UCCGGAAGUGGAGCCCCUUUAGGCAGCCCUUUUCCGGAAUUCAAUGUUUAUAUCAGUAUACUGACACUUGUUUCGUAAAGUAAUAUACAUGUUUUACAUGCUGUUCAAUUUUCAUGUCAAACAACUCUUUCUUUCUAUGAUUUGGUGUUGUUUGAUUUUUGUUUCUCAAGGCCUCCAUCGAAACCUUAACAGUUCGCACACAAGACGUCUAUUGUAAAGAAGCCGUUAAUAUAAGACAAUAUAAAAAUGGCCUCUGACGGGAUAAUAAAACAAGAAGCAAAUGCUGAAACUACUUUUACAUCGUUUACUGAAAAAGGAUUGUGUAGAGAUGAAGUGAAAUUAGUAUUUGACGAUGAACGGGAGCUGUUUGUUUCAGAAAACUUCCUGUCGCUUUCUUCGCCGGUUUUCAAAGCAAUGUUUUCAAAUGAUUUCAUUGAGAAAAACGAAAUGACAGUUAGGCUACCUGGGAAAAGCUAUGAAGACUUUCUUGAGUUCUUGAUGUGUAUCCAUCCAGCGGUGCAAAAACCAAUUGAUGAAUCGAAUGCAGUCCGUAUGGUACCGAUUGCUGAAGAGUACCAAGUACCAUCAAUAGCUGCAAAAAUGCCAAAGGUUAAUGACGAAGGUUAUGAACAAGGAUCUUGCAGAGGCAAAAAAUUGUUAUUCUAAGUUAGAAAAUCACGUUGUGGCUGUUCGUAAAUGUCUCAUUUUCUUUAACACUGCAGUAGCAUAUGAAUAUAAAAGUGUUAUUGAGCAUUGUACUACUGUCCUUGCAAGCUUCCCGUCUGCAGUAUACACUGAUUUAGCAAAUUGCAACUACUUCAGCAACUCCUACCACUAUCAACAAAGUGUUAAAGUAAACGGAGAAAGCGUUAAUGUGAAAGACGUACGCUCUGAAUGCUUGGCUUUGUUUA